ACCUUUUUCUUAAUUCCCGUAAACAACUUUUGAAGAAUUUGAUCCUAAACAUGGUCUACAACCAAUUCUCAUUUCUUCUCUUUCUCUAUUUCUGUCUUCUUUCUUUUACUUCAUCCAUACCUCAUCCGUGCCACAAAGAUCAAAGCAUUUCCCUUCAAAAAUUCAAGCAUACCUUUACUAUAGAUCCCUCGGCCUCUCAUUAUUGUCCUUUAUUUCAUCCAAAAACGAGUUUAUGGAACGUGAACAGAGAUUGCUGCUCAUGGGAUGGAGUGACGUGUGAUGAGAUGACUGACCAUGUCAUUGAGCUUGACCUCAGUUGCAGUCAACUUGUGGGGAAGAUUGAUUCUAAUAGCAGCCUAUUCCAACUCUCUCAUCUCCAAAGGCUUGAUCUUACUCAUAAUAACUUCUCUAAUUCUCAUAUCUCUCCUGAAUUCGGCAGGUUCUCGAACUUGACGCAUCUUGAUCUUUCAGUGUCCUCUUUCUCAGGUCAAAUUCCUUCUCAACUUUCUUAUCUUUUACAAUCUCUUCGUCUCAACCCGUCAUCUGAAACUAAUCUAAGACUCGCAGCCCAUGAUUUUGAAUUGCUCCUUCAGAACUUAACCCAAUUAACGGAGCUUGAUCUUACUGGCAUAAACAUCUCUUCCACCAUUCCUCUGAAUUUCUCUUCCCAUUUAACAUCACUGCGUUUUUUGUAUCUUUCUAAUUGCAACUUUAGAGGGCCAAUUCCUGAAUCUCUUUCAAAUCUCACCUGCUUAGAGUAUUUGUUCCUUGAUGUUAACACCCUGAAUGGAACAAUACCAUCAGGGAUAUUCUCCCUUCCAUCAGUAAUUGAUUUAGUCUUGAGUAAUAACCACUUUUCUGGUCAGCUUGAGGAUUUCAAGUCCAAUUCAGUAAGGUGGAUUGAUUUAAGGAAUAAUCAGCUGCAAGGACAUCUUCCCAACUCAAUUCAAAACGUUGUGAACCAAACAUGGCUUCAUCUUUCUUUCAAUAAUUUUUGUGGUCAUAUGGAUGUCAGCCUCUUUUCAGACCUCAAACAUCUUUGGCGUCUUGAUCUUUCGUAUAAUAGCAUUUCAUUAACCAAUGAGAACAAAGUUAACGUUACUUGGCCAGAAUCUCUUGAUACAUUACUGUUGGCCGCAUGUGACGUGAAAGAAUUGGAGGUUUUAAGAUCCGCAAAGCAUCUUCGGGAUUUGGCUCUUUCAAAUAAUAAGCUUCAAGGAAGGAUUCCUGACUGGGCAUGGUCUAACUGGAUGUUCUCAUUGCAACAUCUUAAUUUAUCCCACAACAUGCUGACAAGUGUUAAUUCAAUUCCUCUUCAGUAUGUUUACACCAUCGAUUUGCGGUCAAAUGUUCUUCAAGGGUCACUACCUAUUCCACCAAAUACCACAUGGUUCUUCUUCGUAUCACAAAAUAAUCUGAGCGAGGAGAUUCCUUCAUCUAUUUGCAAUACGACAUCACUGAUAAUGCUAGAUUUGGCCAGAAACAAUUUGCACGGAGAAAUUCCUCAAUGUUUAGGAAAGAUCACUGCCCUUGAGGUUUUGGAUAUGUGCCGGAACAAUCUUUCUGGGAAUCUUCCAACAACUUUCAUCAGUGGAAGUUCACUGAGAAGCCUCAACUUGCAUGGAAAUAAACUAGAGGGGAAAAUUCCCCGAUCUUUGGCCAAUUGCAAAGAGUUGCAGGUUCUUGACUUAGGAGAUAAUCAUCUCAUUGACAAGUUCCCGAUGUGGUUGGGAACUCUUCCAAAAUUGCAAGUUUUAAGAUUGAGAUCCAAUGAAUUGUAUGGGUCCAUUCAACCUUCAACAAUUGAAACUAUUUUUCCUGAGCUUCGAAUCAUAGAUCUCUCUUAUAAUGCAUUCUCGGGAAACUUACCUACAAGUCUGUUUCAACAUUUGAAAGCCAUGAGGACAAUUGAUCCAUCAAUUGAAGCACCAAGAUACGAUGACGCUAGAUAUUACCAAGAUUCUAUUACAGUUGCAACCAAGGGACUGGAGCAUGAAAUUUUGAGAAUCUUGUAUUUGCACACUGUUAUCGAUCUGUCAACUAAUAAAUUGGGAGGGCAACUUCCAAGUAUCAUGGGGAAUUUCAUUGAACUUGACAUAUUGAAUUUAUCUCAUAAUGGAUUGCAAGGUUAUAUUCCACCAUCAUUCGGAGACUUAUCUUCAGUUGAAUCAUUGGACCUAUCAGGAAACCAACUUACUGGAGAGAUACCACAACAACUUGUUUGUCUUACGUCUCUUUCAUUCUUAAAUCUCCCCCACAAUCAUUUCCGAGGAUGCGUCCCUCAAGGACCUCAAUCUCACACUUUCGACAACAAUUCAUAUGAAGGCAAUGAUGGAUUACAUGGAUUCCCAGUUUCAAAAAGUUGUGGCAAUGAUCAGGCUUUAGAUACACAUUUUAUCAUAUCUGGAAUAGACGAUUAAGAAAGCAAUUCUGAAUUUCCGAAUGAUUUUUGGAAAGCUGCUCUUAUGGGCUAUGGAAGUGGAUUGUGUAUUGGAUUAUCCAUAGUAUAUUUCAUGAUUUCAACUGGAUACCCGACAUGGCUUGCGAGAAUAAUUGUGAAACUGGAGCACAAAAUUAUGAUGAGAAAGAAGCAACAGAGGCCAAGGAAUUACAGAAGAAGAAAUAAUCACUUGUAGUGUAACAUUGUGACGUUUAAUCAGUUUUUGGACCUUUUUGUUGGCUUUUAAACAAUAAUAUUAUCACUUGUGUCAUAACUCCUAGACUAUAUUCCUUUAAUUUCACCUCAUAAUAAUAGUCUAACUGAAUGCUUUC